AUGAGCUUUGCCCACGCAGACGCAGCCGAGGACGUCGUUUCGGCGCUGCUAGGCGCGGGCGCCAGCAUUCACGCGCGCGACCGCGAGGGGCGAUCCCCCAUGGACCUGGCUUGCGCCGCCGGCGGCGACCCGGCGGCCGCCUUUGCCCUGUAUGCCGCCGGCGCGCCGCCGCCGGUCGGCGACGUCGGCUCCGCGCUGGCGGCCGGCUUCAUGGAUCUUAUAGAGUCGAAUUUCGACGAGGCAAACCGCCUGGACGCGAUUUUCGAGGCGCGGCGGGGGCGCGUCGAGCGGCUUGAGACGGUGCUGCCGGGGCUGCGGCAGCUGCUGGUCUCUGGGUCCACGGCGCUCAUGGCUGCCGAGCGGCGGGAGGCGGCGGCGGCUGCGGCGGCGGCGGCGGGCGGCGGCGGGGGCAGCGAGCUGGGGGUGGGCGCGGCUGAGGCGACGGCGGCGGCUGUGGGCGCAGGCGUAGCGCAGCCGAGCGUGUGA